AUGGCCGCGCGCCCCGGCUCGCUCUGGCUGCUGGGCCUGGCGCUGUGCGCGCUGAGCGGCUGCGGCCCCGGCCCGCGCCCCGCGCCCGGCUGCCCGCAGCGCCGCCUGGGCCCGCGCGAGCGCCGCGACCUGCAGCGCGAGAUCCUGGCGGUGCUCGGGCUGCCCGGGCGGCCCCGGCCCCGCGCGCCGCCCGCCGCCGCCCGGCUGCCCGCGUCCGCGCCGCUCUUCAUGCUGGACCUGUACCGCGCCGUGGCCGGCGGCGACGACGCCGAGGACGGCGGGACCCCCGAGCGGCGCCUGGGCCGCGCCGACCUGGUCAUGAGCUUCGUCAACAUGGUGGAGCGCGACCGCGCCCUGGGCCACCAGGAGCCCCACUGGAAGGAGUUCCGCUUUGACCUGACCCAGAUCCCGGCGGGGGAGGCCGUCACGGCCGCGGAGUUCCGGAUUUACAAGCUGCCCAGCACCCACCCACUCAACCAGACCCUUCACAUCAGCAUGUUCCAGGUGGUCCCAGAGCAGUCCAACAGGGAGUCUGACUUGUUCUUUUUGGAUCUUCAGACGCUCCGGUCUGGGGACGAGGGCUGGCUGGUGUUGGACGUGACAGCAGCCAGUGAUCGCUGGCUCUUGAGCCGUAGCAAGGACCUGGGACUCCGCCUCUCUGUGGAAACAGAUGAUGGGCGCAGCGUUGAUCCUGGCCUGGCCGGUCUGCUGGGGCGACAGGCGCCACACUCCAGACAGCCUUUCGUGGUCACCUUUUUCAGGGCGCGCCCCGGCCCCAUCCGAGCCCCUCGGGCGGUGAGGCCCCUGAAGAGAAGGCCGCCGAAAAGAACCCACGAGCUGCCGCCCCCGAACAAGCUGCCGGGGAUCUUCGACGACGUCCAUGGCUCCCACGGCCGGCAGGUGUGCCGUCGGCACGAGCUCUAUGUCAGCUUCCAGGACCUGGGCUGGCUGGACUGGGUCAUCGCCCCCCAAGGCUACUCAGCCUAUUACUGUGACGGGGAGUGCUCCUUCCCGCUGGACUCCUGCAUGAACGCCACCAACCACGCCAUCCUGCAGUCCCUGGCGCACCUGAUGAAGCCGGACGCCGUCCCCAAGGCGUGCUGCGCGCCCACCAAGCUGAGCGCCACCUCCGUGCUCUACUACGACAGCAGCAACAACGUCAUCCUGCGCAAGCACCGCAACAUGGUGGUCCGGGCCUGCGGCUGCCACUGAGGCCCCGCCCCGCCGGCCGCGCCGCCCCCGCCGGCUCAGGUCAGCCCUGCGCGGGGUGGGGUGCGGUGGGGUUAGCCCGGAGGCCGUCGCAGCUCAGGCGGGGCGGCAGCGAGGGCCCCCCUGCCCUGCCCACCUCC